GAACAAGUCAGGGUAGGUAUACGCCCUUUUCUCAUCGUGGAGGGCUCCACGAAUUGACCGAACUCAUCCUCGCUCCAUAGACAAAAGACGACGGUCCUCCACCGGCUGCUUGCUGCGCACAAUCCCAAUCAAUCAGGUAACCUGCUCGACGAGCCAUGGAGUUCGCAAUGGGAGCACUGGGCACUCUGCUCCCAAAGCUCGGCCAGCUGUUCCGGGAUGAGUACAACCUGCAGAAGGGAGCUAAGAAGAACAUCGAGUUCCUCACAAGAGAGCUCCAGAGCAUUCAAGCUGCCCUCCGCAGUGUGGGCGAGCUGCCGCCGGAGCAGGUCGAUGAGCUGGUCAAGAUUUGGGCCCACGACGCCCGGGAGCUGUCCUACAACAUGGAGGAUAUCGUCGACACCUUCCUGGUGCGUGUCCAGGGCCCUGAUCCCCCAAGCAAAAAGAGCUCCAAAAGGUUUUUUAAAAAGAUGAGGGAUAUUGUAACCAAGGCCAAGACUCGGCAUGAGAUCGACCAAGAUAUCAGGGACACCAAGGAUCGUGUCAAGGAGGUGGCCGAGCGACGUGACAGGUACAAGGUCGGUGGUAUUACUCCAGCCAAAAUCUCUGUUGACCCUCGCAUAACAUCUCUAUACACUGAGACAGCUGACCUUGUCGGUAUUGAUGAGGCAAGGGAAGAACUAAUCACAAGGCUGACAAAAGGACAUGACAUGUCCACACAAGAAAGGAUAGUCUCUAUUGUUGGAUUUGGAGGAUUAGGCAAGACAACGCUUGCCAAAGCGGUAUAUGAGAAACUUAAGGGGAAAUUUGAUUGCAAUGCUUUUGUUCCGGUUGGCCGGAAUCCUGACUUGAGGAAGGUUUUCAAGGACAUAUCAAUCGAUCUUAACUCGUAUUUCAAUUUAGAAAUACUGGAUGAAAGGCAAUUCAUCAACAAACUCCGAGAAUUCUUGGAAAACAAGAGGUACUUGAUUGUUAUUGACGACGUAUGGGAGACACAAUCAUGGGGAAUAAUCAAAUUGGCCCUUGUUGAGAACAACAAGGGAAGUAGAGUUGGUUUUCGCCGCAUGAAGUUGCCAGAGAAGCUAGUGAGGUUUACGAGCUACAACCGUUGUCAAAAGAGAACUCUAGGAAGUUAUUCUUUGCAAGGAUAUUUGGUGGUGAGAGCAAAAUUUCUGAUCCUCAACUGGAUGCUGAUGUACUUGAUAAAAUCUUAAGGAAGUGUGAUGGCAUACCACUAGCUCUCAUCACAAUGGCUAGCCUGUUGGUGGGUAAACCUAGGGAAGAAUGGUCAGAGGUGCACCGCUCCAUUGGUUUUGGCCGCUGUAAAGAGAACCAGCAAGUUGAGAACACUAUGAAGAUACUAUCGUUUAGCUACUAUGAUCUACCACCUCAUCUAAAAACAUGUUUAUUGCAUCUAAGUGUGUUUCCAGAAGAUUAUGUCAUUGAGAAAGGUCCUCUCAUAUGGAUGUGGGUAGCUGAAGGUUUCGUUCACGAGAAACAAGGAAUAUCCUCAUUAUUUGAGAUUGGGGAGGGAUACUUCAACGAGCUUGUAAAUAGAAGUAUGAUCCAACUGGUAGAGGCUGUGAAUGAGGAGGCCAUGGAAUGUGCAUGUCAGGUUCAUGAUAUGGUACUGGACCUCAUCCAUUCCAUUUCGUUAGAAGAGAACUUUGUUGCUAUAUUAGACAAGAACAAAGAAUUUGAGGCAUCAUCAUCAUGGCAAGGCAGAUCUCCUCGCAGAUUGGCCCUCCAAAAUAAUGAUAGAAUCAUGGAGGCCCGUACGGACAUGCAAAAACUGUGGUCAUUCCUUUCAUUUGGGUGUGAUAUUGGCAAGCAUUGGGUCCCACUUUCAAGCUUCAAGUAUGUAUGUGUGCUAGACAUACAUACUUCCAGGGGGAGGGGGGAGAUGAAACGUCACCAUCUGGAGCAUCUCCGGAAUUUGCUUCACUUGAGGUACCUCCGGCUAAUUGGUCCUGGUAUUCAUGAUGAGAUCCCAGAAGAAGUAGGAACUCUAAAGUUUUUGCAGACCCUCGAUGUGGAAACAAGGAAUGUGUGGAAAACGCUACCAAGUGUGGGCCUUCUAACACAAUUGUUGUGCUUGCGAUUAAAACCCAUGGUUCAGACAGUGCCAGAUGGGAUUGGUACGCUGAUGUCCCUGGAGGAGCUACAGAUAGCUUAUGUUGAACAUGAGGAAGCAGAGCCAUCAUUAAGGCAAUUUGUCAAGGAACUGGGCAGCCUUAGGGAACUCAGGGUGCUCCGCGCUGGUGUGCCUCCUCGGUUGUCGGCGGAUGUGAGAUUACAGGUGGAUAUGGUGGAGUCCCUGCGCAACCUUGAAAAGAUGGAGGGCCUUUCACUCGGAAACAUGUUCUCUCCACCAGCACCUGCAGAUACAGCGGCGUGGGAAGCAGCCGGCUUCCUUCUCUCACGGCAACUCCGACAGUUGUUUCUAAAUUGGGAGCAGCAAGCAGGCACGUCAAAGGGAGCUUGAACAUCAACAGGAGUGAAGGAAAUCCAUUUUGGUCAUUGGAGACUAGGAGUCGGGACUUUCAGCAGCACCCAAUGCUGUUGUUCAGUUGGCCGUGUCAGCCCAAAGCGAUCAAAGUUCCAAAACCGUAGCUUCGAGCGUCAAUGUAUCCAUUUAGUUUUGUAUUUGUUUGACCAAAUGUCUGUCAGCAAUUGCACGCGAUAGCAGCAUUUCAGAACUUUGAUAGUAACCAAACCCCAGAAGAGCUUUGAUCUCAGACUAUGUGUUUGUUCUCAAAACUGUUCCAAAUAUAGUGUCCUUGAGUAUUUUUCUCAUUUUUAGCUCCGAUGGCAGGAGCAUGUGUGUAAUCAGUUUGUUGACUUUUUCUUUUUCUUGAAGGGGUAUGUGUGUAACCAGUGGCAGGUGGGUGAUUAUCCCGAACUUCUCUA